AUGGGGUGCCUAAACUCCAAAUCAACAGCUGAAAAGACGGGGACUUCAAGCCCGAAGAGGUUUGGUUAUCACCCCCAAAGUAACAAGCAUCACAAUGAAGAGAAGGGGGUUGUCUCGAAAUACAGCGCAGUCAAGGGAUGGGCAGGUUCUUUGGACAAUGAUGAGAGGACUGAAGAGGUGGGGUCAGAUGCGAACAAAGCAGCAAAGGCCUCCGCUGAACGUUUCUUGCGCUCUAUUGUGGAGGGUGCGGAACUCUUCUUCAGUGGCCUGCCCGAUUCGCAGGUGGUGAAGCAACUAAUUGCGUUGACGUUUACCAAUUCCUGUGCUGAGGUAACACGCACCAAGUUCCGUCUCAAGCUUGACCUCAUCACGGUUCUUCUGACGUCAUUAGCGCGGCAGCUCAAGUUGCCGUUGAUAGAGGCAUCUGUGCCGCAGGUUGAGGAGCGUGCCAUGGACGACGGCUUCUCGCGCAUACUGCUGGCGUGGUUUUCGAACAACCCGUCUUUCGGAAAGACGAUUCCGGUGACCGCGGGGCAGGCGGUGCUUAAUACCCUGUACAUCCGGUACGUGGUAAAUAAAUCUGUUUCGUUUGAGGACAUCCUAGCCUAUCAAUUCCGCUGGGUGUCUGCGAACGACGCCGCGACGGAAGUGUUCAACAAGUUCACGGACGGGAAAGAGUCGAUGACAUCAGAGCAACUAGGCAAGUUCCUGCGUGAUGUGCAGCGCAGCGAUGUCACAGAUCGCCAGAUUGUGGAGAAGUUUAAGUAUUGCUUUGGCGGCGGCAUCCACAAGUACAACUUCAUCAGCUACAAUGGGAGCGUAUUGACAAACAACGCCAUCGACCCUGCACGGACGUCUGACGUGUGGCAGGACAUGACGCAAUCCUUCACGCACUACAUGGUCUCGUGUGCGCGCAUCGAAGCUGAGGAAGACCUCAAGCGUGCCGCAGCGGACGGAACGCGCGCUUUGGUGCUCAACAUCAAUAAAGCGAGCAACGGAAAGCUCAUGGUGGGAUCUUGCGAGUUGCAGACCAUCUUGGAGGGCGUAAAGAAGAACGGCUUUGCGACGAACACGUACCCGAUCGUCCUUUGUCUUUCUCCUGGCACACCGAUGCCCACUCCCGUUCAGGAUGAGGUGGCGAAGAUGAUCAACGACAUUCUGGAGUCCGCCGUGGCGGAGGGUCUCAUGUUCGAGGGUGCCAUGAUCAAUGACCCCAAGUUCAGCCCCGGUGCGUUGCGCAACAAGGUGCUUGUUAUGAGCCAUCAGAGCCGCCUGAAGCCCUUCAUUGGCUUUCUGGUGGCCGAUAUGAACAAGGAUGGCCUCGGCGUCCGCGUCACAGAUGUGAUGGAGGGGACGCCGGCGUCGAAGGGUGGCGUGCUCAAGGAUGAUUGGCUGACUCACAUCAACGGUAUUCCAAUCCAGAACAAACAGCAUUUGCGAGAAACUCUGGCGCGUCUCAAGGCCGGCGAUGAGUUCACUGUGCGCCGAGAAAACUUGCAUGAUGUCAAGGUGGUGGUGGGCGGCGCCAUCGAUCCGCAGGACACCACUGCGUCGGCGUCUCUCUCUAGCAUCACUUUCUUCAAGUACUCUGACAGUAAUGAUCCGAAGCCGUGGGAUACGGAGCGCAUCCCCGCAUCGAGCCUCGCCACGACUAAGCUGACACGGAAGGAUUUGCUGACGCAUUUCGCGUUCUGCACAGUGAACUCCGCUGAAGCGUCCACGGAGCUGCCAGAUGCGGAGGGCAAGGCGGCCAGCCUGGGUAUCCAGUUUGUCGACGUUGAUAACAGCGAGCGGUGCCUUCCCUGGACACGCGGACGAUUCUCUGACAAUGGUCGCUGCGGGUACAUUCUUAAAACCGACAUCGACUCCGCUAAGUCUCCUGAGCUGAGCCUCAGCGUUAUCGGUGGCCCUCGCCUCCUCAACUGCUCGCCGUUGACGUCGAUGAAUGUCACUAUCCACGGCGCAGGCACGGCGCGCGUGAAUGGGAGUCAGGUUUCCUUCACGGAUUGCAACCAGGCUACAAUAGCAGUGGUGCAGAUGACGUUUGAGGCGAACGGCGCGGAGCGGACCUUUACCUCGGCUUUCUGCCCUGGUCUUCUUCGCCCUGGCUACCGCGCCCUCCCUUCCGUCCCCUUUGGCGAAGAGCGCGCCUCGAAGAAGCAGAUCCAUGGCAUCUACUGCUUCAUCAAGUAG